AUGGAAUUGCGUGCCGCUUCGAGCAAGUCGAAUUCGGUGCCACAGAACACCACUGCCAUGGCUUCCACGACUGCUCUGACUCUUCGCAGCGUGCCUAGCCUGCAGACCCCUCUUCUCCAUAAAAAGCCAGACGUUUUGAAGGCGCCUCGCUGCGUGUCAGGGUCCCGCACUAUAUUCGCAUGGGCGGACAAGCCCCAGCAGCAGCAGCAGUCGCAGCAGAAGUCGCAGGACGAGAAGCAGAUGUUGAGAAAUCUUUGGGACCCGUUCUUCCCGGCGAACAGCUCGCUGACGCAGCUGCUCGACUCCGUGGAUCGCAUGUUCGACGACGCGCUCCUGCCGCCCAUGCCGCGCUUCCCCUCGCUCUUCCGCGUCACCUCGCCGCGCCUCGACAUGCCAGGUCUGUCCAAGGAGGAGGUGUCGGUGAAGCUGGAGAAUGGCGAUCUGCUGAUUCGCGGAGAGCACAAGGCGCAGGAGACCGCCGGGGAGGAGGGAGAGGGGCUUCGGGAUGCGCGCGUCGCCAAGUCCUACCAGAUCACUCUGGCCGUUCCGGACAGCGUGCUGGCGGAGCACGUCAAGGCGGAGAUGAACAACGGCGUGCUCACCCUCACCAUUGCCAAGGUUGCUCCGCCAGAGCCUGCUCCCGCUGCUGCCGUCGAGAUCCCAGUUGCUUGA